GUUUUGGUAGAUUUGGCGGGUGGCAAAAUGGGAUAAAACUAAAUCCAUCAAUGGCGUUUCAGUCAUUUUACAGCCAAUGAUCUAGGGUUUCGCGUCCCGUUUAUAAGGAGUUUUCUAGAUCCGCCUACGUUCGGUGUUUUAUGUCGGUUUGAUUCGCUUUGUCGAUUUUAACAUUUUCCUUCCCUUUCUUUCGUUUUCUCUCGAGAGAAAACUAAGAGUCUCCCACUCUGCCUUUGAUCAACCCAAAACAUAGCCACCCACCAAAGUCUCCAUUUCAGUUCUGCAUUAACUACAUUGCUUUGAUCUCUUUUCCUUUGUUCUUAGUUGUUUUUUAAAAUCAAUUUUCCCAUCUGGGUUUUCCAUAUUUUGAUCUAUUUUCACUUAAAACUUCACUACCCAUUUGAGAUUUAUUUGUUAUACAACUUGGGUUGGUUUCAGAUCUUUGAAAAACCAAGUAAUCAUGCUGGAUCCAAGCGAAAAAGGAUCAGAUUCUGAAGAUCAAAGUAAUGAACACCCAGAAAUGAUUUCACCAAAGGGAUCUCGAAAUCAAAGCGUCUUCAAUGAACAAAUCAAGAAAACUUGUGCUGAUUGCGGUACUUCCAAAACCCCUCUCUGGAGAGGCGGCCCAGCUGGUCCGAAAUCAUUAUGCAAUGCAUGUGGGAUCAGAAGCAGGAAGAAGAGGAGAACAAUCAUAAUAGGGUUAAAGAAGGGAGAGGAGAGGAAAUCAAUGAAAUCAUCAAAUAAUCCCAGAAAUUUAGGGAGCAACUUGAAGCAAAGAUUGAUGUUACUGGGAAGAGAAGUUUUGAUGCGAAGAUCAACGGUUGAGAAUCGAAGCAGAAAAUUGGGUGAAGAAGAACAAGCUGCUGUUCUUUUAAUGGCUCUCUCUUAUGGUUAUGUUUAUGCUUAAUCUAUUCUUUUAGGGCUACACACUAGGAUCUUCC